AUGUUCACUCUGUGGCUCUCCUCAGCCUCAUCCCUGCUGCUUGUGGGGCUUGUGGGCAGACAGCUGGGCCUCAGGGUGGGUCUGCAGUGUGUUCAGACAGUGACUUGUUCUCGGUGGGGUACAACCAGCAACCAGGGUCUGUUCCAGGAUGGAGAUGUAGUUAUUGGAGGGCUCUUUAGCCUUCAUUCUCAACCUCCAGCUACAGACCACAACUUCACUCAGCUGCCACAGUACAAACCUUGCACUGGUUUGGAACAUGUUCCACUGAAAUAUAUGCAUGCUAUGGCAUUUGCGGUGGAGGAAAUCAAUAAUAGUCCUACGCUGCUACCAGGUGUGAAGCUGGGGUACCAUAUGUUUGAUAGCUGUGGCAGACCACCGUGGGCUCUCCAGGCAGCACUGUCACUGGUUGGAGGAGACAGUUGCAGCUGUAAAUCAACGGAUCCUCCAGAUUAUUUUCCCAGAUAUGGAGAAGGAACGGGAGAAAGGACAAGUGAUCACCCUGUUCCCUUGAUCAUCGGCGGUGCUUCAUCCGUAACAGGCCAAAUACUCUCCAGAAUCCUGGGCCCGCUUCCUAUUAGCUACCUGUCGAGCUGCCCCUGUCUAAGUGACAGGUGGCAAUUUCCUAACUUCUUCAGGACCAUCCCCAGUGAUAUCUACCAAGCCAAAGCCAUCGCUCAGCUUGCCAUUCGCUUCAAAUGGACUUGGAUUGGGGCAGUGGUGGCAAACAAUAACUAUGGCCACAUGGCAGUAAAGAUAUUUCAGGAUGAGACUCAGGGGAAAGGGGUUUGUCUGGCAUUUGUAGAGACUCUCCAAAGGGAAAACAUUGUGAGUGAUGCCAGACGUGCUGCACUCACAAUCCAAGCCUCGACUGCGAGGGUGAUUCUGAUCUUUACCUGGUAUACAGAUGUGAGAGAACUGUUCCUGCAGCUAGCCAAGAAAAAUGUGACCGACAGACAGUUUCUGGCCAGUGAGGCUUGGAGCACCAGUGAUAAUCUUCUCCAAAAUCUUGUCACUUCUGAAGUGGCAAGUGGUGUUCUUGGUGUGGCCAUUCGAAGUUCACCUAUACCUGGAUUUGAAAAUUAUCUGAGAAGUUUGCACCCAAUUCACCAUCCUGAUGAUGAGUUUUUAAAAGAAUUCUGGCGAGCCGAAUUCGGAUGCAGCCCUGGGGUCACACCUCUCUCUUCGUAUUCCCUUUCAUCUCUCAAAUCCAAAGAUUCUCUCCCUGCCUGCAGUGGGACAGAGUCCCUGGAGGGAGUUAAACAUCCCUUCACUGACACCUCCCAGCUAAGGGUGACAUAUAAUGUCUACCUUGCUGUUUAUGCUGCAGCCCACGCCCUUCACAGCCUUCUCUCCUGCCCCAACAGAGACAGCCCUCCUGGGAGCUUCACUUGCUCCUCUCCAAAACACAUCAAACCCAUAGAGCUGUUGCAGCGCUUGAACAACAUGAAUUUCACCGCGCCGCAGGGUGAAAUCUUUUACUUCCAAGGUGCCGACAUUCCAGCAAAGUACGACCUUGUCAACUGGCAGAACACCCCUGAGGGGUCACUCAAACUUGUUUUGAUUGGUCGAGUGGAUGGGUUUGACCUCCACCUGAAUGAGUCAGCUAUUCAGUGGAGCACAGGAUCCAAUCAGGUGCCUGUUUCAGUGUGCAGUGAGAGCUGCCCCCCAGGUACCAGAAAGGCCAACAGGAAAGGAGAACCUCUCUGCUGCUUUGACUGUAUCCCAUGUGCUGAAGGGGAGAUGAGCAAUAAAACUGGUUCCCUUCACUGUGAGCGCUGUCCAUUAGAGUUCUGGUCCAAUGCUGAACAAACAGCCUGCAUCCCUCGUCAGCUGGACUUCCUUUCCUUUGAUGAAACCUUGGGCAUUACUCUGACUACAGCAGCUGUGUGUGGUGUCACAGUGACAACGGCUGUGUUUGUGGUGUUUUUAUGCUACCGUCAAACACCGAUGGUGCGAGCCAACAAUUCAGAGCUGAGCUUCCUGCUUCUUGUGUCGCUGAAGCUGUGCUUCCUGUGCUCACUGGUCUUCAUUGGUCGUCCAUCAGUCUGGACUUGUCGGUUCCAGCAGGCAGCCUUUGGGAUCAGUUUUGUUCUUUGUGUUUCCUGCCUCCAAGUCAAAACCAUAGUUGUUCUGGCAGCUUUCCGCUCAGCUCGGCCUGGUGCUGAAGCGUUGAUUAGGUGGUUUGGUCCAGGCCAACAGAGAGGAAGUGUCUGCCUUCUCACUUGUGUACAGGUUAUCAUCUGUGCUGUAUGGCUGUCCCUCAGUCCCCCAGUGCCUCAACGUGAUCUGGGUUUCCAAGGGUCAAAGGUCACCCUGGAGUGUGCCAUGGCCUCUGUGGUUGGCUUCUCUCUGGUCCUGGGCUACAUUGGCCUGCUGGCCUGCACCUGCCUCCUCUUGGCCUUUCUUGCUCGGAAACUCCCCGACAACUUCAAUGAGGCCAAACUGAUCACCUUCAGCAUGCUGAUAUUCUGUGCUGUGUGGGUGGCCUUUGUCCCUGCUUACAUUAGCUCUCCUGGGAAAUAUGUUGUCGCUGUGGAAAUUUUUGCAAUCCUGGCCUCUAGCUAUGGUUUACUGCUCUGCAUUUUUGCCCCUAAAUGUUUUAUAAUUCUUUUGAGGCCUGAGAGGAACAGUAAGAAACACCUGAUGGCCAGAUAA